AUGAGGGAAAAUAUGAGUGUUGUUGACGUUGUUGAAUCGGAUUCCGAACAAAAUGACGGACAAAAUACCGUCAUACCCGUUCCUGAAAAACGAAAGAAGCGUGCGAGAUGCGUUUCGAUAAUAUUAUGUACAAUUACAGCUAUACUUCUAAUCGCUUUCUGUGUCGUCAAUCGAAAUGUGGUCGAGUACUACCGUGGUCCAACACAGAAAAAUACAACAAAUGUUUGCUACAGAAAGGAGGAAAAGUUAACCUUUUCCGGCUUGUUUACCACCGCGUUGGGUUUAUUUGGUGUCGUACUCGGCACGUUGGUCGACCGCUUGUCGCUUAUUGCCGAAGAACGCCAUCAUCUACAUCAACGCUACGGUGGAAGUCGUAAAAAGAUGAUCAAAGCUUGCUUCAGUGGAAUCUUAUGGGGUCCAGUAAUCGCUUUGCUUGGUUUGGCCGCUAUAAUUCUCGUUAUUCUUAUUUUCGUAACGGGUAAGCCGUGGCUUGAGCUAAGCUAUCUUGUGUAUAUUUUUAGCGGAAUCGGCGUGCAUGGGUCCACUUGUGAUGCACUUGCUGAGUCUUAACACACAGUCCGAGGUUCAUAUUUCUACAAUUCUUGAAGAAAAAGAGACUUAUGUCGCCAACGGACUUGCGUGGUCCUACUAUUUUAACUAUCUCGCGAAUGCUGUGCCGAAAUUCGAAGAAAAAGUCCCUAAUAACAGUUGCAAUUCAGUACAAUUAAAUGACGGACAAGUAGUACAAUUAAAUUCAAAUAAAUUGAUCUUGCUCAUAUCACACGAUUGUACAACAGAUGAUCUGGCAAAACUGGAUGAUAAGAUCAGCAAACGAGGAACAUUUUCUAACGGCAAAUAUACAUUUCCUGUUUAUUGCUUAACAUACAACAACAACCACGACUACUGCACAUACGUCAUAAAAUACGUGAAGCAACCCUUAGAAACUUUAAAGAACAUGAGUCGAUAUAAAAUCAUCAAGGCACUGGAUGAGAAACAACUUGAGUACCAAGUUAAACUUCUCUGUAGAACACUAUCCCAGAUUCUGAAAGACCCGUUCAAUAACAAAUGUAAAGAUAAGUGUAUUCUCGUAGCAAUGAAGGCAAAUUCCACAAAGAAUCUAAAUAAUGGAGAGCUAGUUAAUGUCAUAAUGCAGGAAGUCCAAGCAGAUGAAUCCACAUUCGAGCAUGUGGAUGGGUUCAUACAAGUUCCCUCCCACCAGAAACCAAAACAACCAAAGACGAUAGAAGAUGACACUAGAGAAGAUACUCCGAGGAAAAAACCCAAAACAUCCGACGACAUCGAGCUACAGCCAAUGAAGAACCCUGCAGAGAAUAUUGAAAGCCCGCACACUGAUCAGCGCAAACCCAGUAAACUUUGUGAACAAGAGAUCGGAGACGGGAAUGAUAGUGGUGCCAGUACGUCAGGAAACAGUCCAGACUUGGUGUACAUUGCAAAUGGGAGUCGACAAAGUGAACAGCAAGAUGACCAGACAAAUACACUGUAG